CGAUAGAAGAAGAAGAACUUUGUGCUAUCAUCGGCAGGGGGCCGCACUGAGCUGCAGUUCGCGAAAAGACCCUCGCCCCUUGCCGUAGUGACGUGAGUCAGAGCCGGAAGUGAAGAAAGCACGCCGUUCCGUGAGGAGCUCUCUGACCCGUGUGGAUUCUGUGAGGUUCUGGUUCAGGUGUUGGUCUCAGACGGUCUCUGACGUCAUGUCGGUGGACGGUUGUGUACCUGGACAGUUUGAUGACGCAGAGGAGGACAGCCAAUCACAGCUGUCGGCUGUGCAGAGCCAGAUGAGUGAUAUUGCUGUGCAGCCUUCAGAGGAGUACGAGGAGGAGGAGUAUGAGGAGGAGGAGGAGGAGGAGGAGGACGAUGAAGAGUGGGCAUGGCGUUCAUCAGGCGGAGAUCUGACUAAAAGAUACAUCAGGACGAGUAUGAACUGUCAGUCCAACAGACAGAAUCCGUCCAAUAAGAUGCUGCCGUCCACUCCGUCUGAUAAAGCUCUGAGGAAGUAUGAACACAAGAUCAACCUGGAUAAGCUGAAUUAUGCUGACUCAGUGAUUAAUAAAGUGACGAUGAUGCAGAAACAGAAAGAAUCCGACACGUACAGAGUGAAGGACAAAUCAGAUCGAGCCACAGUGGAACAGGUUUUAGAUCCACGCACUCGAAUGAUUCUCUUCAAGAUGCUGAGUCGAGGAAUCAUCAGCGAAAUCAAUGGCUGCAUCAGCACCGGGAAGGAGGCUAACGUUUAUCACAGCAGUACGUCGGCAGGAGAAAGUCGAGCCAUCAAGAUCUACAAAACCUCCAUCCUGCUGUUCAAAGAUCGGGACAAAUACGUUAGUGGAGAGUUCAGGUUCCGUCACGGUUACUGUAAAGGAAACCCCAGGAAGAUGGUGAGAACCUGGGCCGAGAAGGAGAUGAGGAACCUCAUCAGGCUGCAGACCGCAGGAAUCCCAAGUCCAGAACCUCUUCUUCUGAGGAGUCACGUGCUGCUAAUGAGCUUCAUUGGAAAAGACAACAUGCCUGCUCCUCUGCUGAAGAACGCAUCGCUGUCAGACUCGAAGGCUCGUGAGCUCUACCUGCAGGUUCUACAGAACAUGAGGAAGAUGUUCCAGGAGGCCCGACUAGUCCAUGCAGACCUCAGCGAGUUCAACAUUCUGUAUCACAAUGGGGACGCUUACAUCAUCGACGUUUCCCAGUCGGUAGAACACGAUCAUCCUCACGCUCUGGAAUUCCUCCGGAAGGACUGCAGCAACGUGAACGAGUUCUUUGUGAAACGCGGCGUGGCAGUGAUGACAGUCAGAGAGCUGUUUGACUUCAUCACCGACCCUUCAAUCACCUGCAGUAACAUCGACCAAUACCUGGAAAAGGCGAUGGUGAUUGCAGCUGAGCGGACGUCGGAGCAGAGAUCAGAUCAGGAUCGAGUUGAUGAGGAGGUGUUCAAAAAAGCUUACAUCCCUCGGACUCUGACAGAGGUGAGUCACUAUGAGCGAGAUGUGGACCUGAUGAAGUACAAGGAGGAGGAGUCAGCCAUCAGCGGUCACCAUGACAACGUUCUGUAUCAGACAUUGAGCGGGUUGAAGAAGGAUCUUUCUGGAGUUCAAACAGUUCCUGCUCUCCUGGAGGACGACCAGUCUUCAUCCUCGGAGGAGGAGGAUGAGGAUGAGGAGGAUGAUGAUGAUGAUAACGAUGACAAGCAGGAGAAGAGCGAGGCGGCUCCAACUGACAAAAAGGAGAUGAAGAAGACGGUGAAAGAAGCUCAGAGAGAAAAGAGAAAAAACAAAGUUCCCAAACACGUGAAGAAGAGGAAAGAGAAAGUCUCCAAAAUGAAGAAAGGAAGAUGACGACUUCCUGUUUGUAGUGACAUCGAUCCUCUGUAAACAUGACGCAGCCAAUCACAGCCGUCUCUGAGCAGCCAAUCACAGCUGUCUCUGAGCAGCCAAUCACAGCCGUCUCUGAGCAGCCAAUCACAGCCGUCUCUGAGCAGCCAAUCACGGCCGUGUCAAACCAAAUUGACUGAUGGACAGAAACCCUCAGCUGAUGCUACCUGUUCUACAGGUGUGCAGCUGUGACAUCACAGGAAACAUCAGCAGAAAUUUUAAACAUUCAAUCAAAGUUUCCAUCUCCAUCUCCUGUCCCUUUAGAACCUGGAUCCAUCUCCUGUCCCUUUAGAACCUGGAUCCAUCUCCUAUCCCUUUAGAACCUGGAUCUGUUUGCUUGUAAAACCUAAUAAAGUGAACGUGUGGCUUGUUGUUCAUAAAGUUGAGACAUUGAUUCAUAA